AGACGUUGCCGGCCGGAAGUGGGUUGGACUUUGCUGCUCACAUGUUUCCCACAAAGCAGACAUUUGAUAGGAGGAGCGCAAUACGGAAUGAUCGCCCUUGGUCCCCGCAAUGUACGCAGACUUCGCAGUCGUCGCACAACAUGUACUCCUGCACCUCCACUCUAUCCAGCAGGCGAUCACCUUCCGAUCCCCGUCCUUCUGUGGCGGACGUGACAUGGACACCGCAUUGUGGGACUUCUGUCCCGUCAGGGUUCGGCUGCGAUGCCACAAAUGGCUGCGACGAUCAAGCGUGCGAGGAUAUGGAAGACGACACCAUUGUUGAAGAUGGAGAUGAUGUGGAACACGAUAAUGGCUAUGGAGGCAGUGUUCCAAAAAUGGAGAAAGGCGAUAACUGGAAUGGGAGAAACGAUGACAGACGUGGGCAGAAAAAAGACUUGGAGAAGCGGAAGGAGCUGCAGGAGCCACUCGCCUUCGAGAAACUGCUAUGGGAUGCCAUGCAAUGGCAACUGAACAAACCAUCUAUGAUAUGCGACGAGACAUUGGGGUCUGAGGACCUGCCCGGAACAAGAGGAGGAACGCCGCCUUCGGGCAGAAAUGGAUCCGAAAAAAUCGGAUCUGAGGCGAGAGGAACGAACGACUUGGAGAGCACAGCGAAGAUGAGGAGAACCUCGUCAGGAAAAACUAGCAUGGACGACGCAGGGACCAACGAUUCGACUUUGGCGAGGGCGAUUGAGGAAUCGACACGAUCCUACUGCGAUGGUCUUGACAAGGCUACUUGUACAUUGGCGAAGGCGACAUCGGAUGUCGGGACUGCAAUGGCAGCGAAGAUCUGUGAUGUGGCGGAGGCGAUGCGGGGAGGGAACACCGUCCUCGAGAUGCUCGUUGGGGUUCUCGCCCGCCGCUAUGCAGGGUCUGCCACUGGUGACAAAAGCGACGGGUACACAAACCCGUCGUCAAAUAGAACUGCCCGGUAAACCGUAGGCAGAGAGGGAGAAGAGGACAAUAAACGAGGGGCUGUGAC